GCAAAUACUGAUGCAAAUACUGCCCAUUGUGUAGUUAUGAUUGUCUUUAGGCUUGCCAUCCUUCCACUUGCAAGUGGUAAGUGACGCGCAUGCCCGACAUGCACUCAGAUCACACACACAGCGGCUCAGUCCCGAAUCACUGCUUGUUCACUUCACUUGUGUGCUCUGUGAGCUGCGCAGGGCCGGAGUGCGCACCCUCCAGAGGGCACUCGCUGUUCAGGGCGGAGUGAUUUGGAGCGCAGGAUGCCUGCGGAGCCGAGCGUAUCCGUGUAUUGGCGUUGCUGUGUGCACGCGAAUCGUGUAUUGGUGUUGCUGUGUGCACACUAAUCGUUUUAAAAACGUUAAUCUGAUGAUCCGCUGAUACGGUCUAAUGUAAACAUGGGCUUAGGCACUUUUCUUUUUACGUCUCUUUGUCGACAGUUUCUCUCUUCUUGCCUAGCUGCUAGGCUCAAAAGUUGUGUGUGGUAAUGAUGCAUACAUUUCUAUGGCUACGUGUUUACGUGGUUGUGUGUGCGCGUUCUGUGUAUCUCUUUUGAUGGCGCCUGAGUGGAAAGCCUGUGAAAUGAUUCUUGGGGGUCAGAGAGAGAGAGAGGGAUGCAUGUUUGGACAACCAACUGAAAACUUUGAAAUUAUCAUACAUUUCAGAUUUUUUUCCCAUUAUUGAUCGUACAGAGGGCAAAAUUAUCGUACAAAUAUGACAAUUAUCGUACAUCUGGCAACACUGUGCAGCAUCGCUGUAGUCCGUUUAUUUACCCUGUCCGGCUUUCACCGCUGCAUCUUUAGAAGCUGCUGAAAUUGAUCGGUUUCUGAAAAGCGUUGACUUUCAUGCUAACAUUACCAUCAACACCACGUGCUUGUCAUGUCCUAGAUCUUGCUGAGCUGAAUCUCUGUCACAACUCGAAGUGCAGUUUGUAUAACAGUGUUUUUUGCAUUUUGUAACCCAGUGUCCGACACUUGGCCUGAGCGGUCUCUGCUACUUCAUUAGAUUUCUUAAUACAGUGAACAUUGCUGGAAGCUGGUCAGCGAGAAGUAAUUUUAUUUGUUGCAACUAACAGUGAAACAACAUAACACCUUAUAUUUGAGAUUACUGUUUGUUUUCCCCACGUGACGCUAUUGCAACUACACCUAGCAGUGUCCUGUGACAUCAGAGCAUCCGAUACUCGAUAACGUCUCGCAGGAGUAACAGCAACGCAGCACCAACCAACACGUUAGCAUCAGGAUCACUAAACGCAUCAGAAAUCUUUCCACAAACUUUUUUUAAUAUGCUUGUAACUGCCACUAGGAACUGUCUGGCUUGUUGGAAGCUGUGAUUUUUUUUUUUUUUUUUUAAUUUUUUAUAAACUGCGUCUGAUGUUCAGUUCAUUGAGUUUUACUCUGAUCAUCCAGGUCUGUCUGGCACUAUAACAUCUUGGCAUCUUAAGGCUCCUGAAUGGAAACUGAGACUCUCUCUCUCUCUCUCUCUCUCUCUCUCUCUCUCUCUCUCUCUAAAAGGUGCAUCUGCAAAUGGUGUUAAGUAACUGAAGAGCUCUCUGGUGCCUGGAGACUGCGUCAGUGGGCGGCCCAGGGACCCUGACAGCAGGCAGAGAGAGUGACAUCUGAAAGCCCCUCCCCUCCACCUCAGCCACACCCCUAUAUUGCCACGACCACCAUGGCCAGGGAACAACUCAACAUGGGUGACCUGCUCCCUCUCCUGGAGACCUCUGAUCUCCAACAGCUUGAGGAAAUCAAAGGUCUCAUCAAUGAGCACCUCAGUACAGAACGAGGGUCCGUGCUCCUGAACGGCUUGGUGGAUUAUUUCUUGGAGACCAACUCGAGUCCAUCGCUGCACAUUCUGUGUUCAGUGAGAGAGCCACAUGACAAGCACCUUCUUGAUAAGAUGAACGAGUGCAUGGCUAAGCCGGCAUGUCGUCUGCCUACCCUCAACCUCCUGGGCCAUGUGGUGCGCAAACAGCCGUCCUGGAUUCACAAGAUCGCCCGCAACCCUCUGCUGCUCUCGCUGCUCAAGUGUCUCAGGACGGACACAGACGUUGUGGUUCUCAUAACUGGAGUGCUGGUGCUAGUCAUCCUGUUACCCAUGAUCCCUCAGGCAGGGAAGCAACAUCUGUACGAGUUUUUUGAUGUUUUUGGACGCCUGGCUACCUGGAACCUAAGGAACCCAGGCCACGUUUCAGACGUGUUCCUGAUCCACCUGCACGCCAGCGUCUACUCGCUCUUCCACCGCCUGUACGGCAUGUACCCCUGCAACUUCAUCUCCUACCUGCGCUCUCACUACAGCAUGAAGGAGAACAUGGACACGUUCGAGGAGGUGGUGAAGCCGAUGCUGGAACACGUCCGCAUACAUCCUGAGUUAGUGACUGGAACUAAGGACCAUGAACUGGACCCUACCAGAUGGAAGAGGUUUGAGAUCCAUGACAUCGUGAUCGAAUGUGCCAAAGUGUCUCUGGACCCUCGGGAGGCGUCCUGUGAAGAGGGCUAUGCCACCCUGCCUGAGCACUUCUGUGCCAACCUGCACAUGCGUGCCCCUGAUUGCACUGCCAGUCCCUACACUGACCUGCACAGCAGUUAUGGAAGUUCAUCCUCCAAUCACUUUUCCACACCGCGGCAGUCUGUCUUUCCUCCUCUGCCCCUGUCCUCUCUCUCAGGGACGCACUUGACUCAUCGCAGUCCACCCAGCACCCACCGGCCGAGCUCUACAUGUGAAUUCAAGGACACACUCUGGAGCCCCUCUUCCCUCUGUGGGAUGGCCACACCACCUUCCUCAAGAGGAAUGUCUCCGAACCCUGAGCUAUCCCAGAGUGCCUUUCAUUUACCUGGUCGCUUUUACAGUACACCGGGAGGAGGUAAAGGCACCCCAUGUUCCAACACCCCAGCAGCAUCAUCUCCUCCGCCCAGUCUCUCCGACGAGCUCCCUUCUGCCUCCUUACCCCACAGUACACCCAGCCUGCAGUGGAAGGAUGGUAGACUUCUAGACCCCACCAAACCUCCCCUGCUGAGACAGGAGCAAAUCCGAGAUCUUGAGAGAUCAGUGGGUGAUGGGACCAGUUACAAAGAUGGUGGGGCUAAGAACGUGCCCAUGACACUGACAGAGUUAUCCGUCUACAUGGAGCAGGAGCAGCUGCGGCUAGGCAAGGAGAGGGAGGAGGCUGCUAUCACAGAGGAACUGAUGAAGCUGACCGAGGAGAAGCGCGACACAUCUGGCGCACGUGGCUUUGACUCGCCCUUCUUCCGCACCACAGAGACUCUCACUGGUGCCCAAGACAAGCCGCCACCAGCAACGUUCACCCAACUCCGUGACUCCCAUCAUGCUGUCUCCACACCUGAUAAGAUCGACAUGCGGGUCUGGUGCAAAGGCCUAGGCAGCCGUGCAGGGUCUCAGGAGCAGCCGUGGUCCUUCCAGCCGCUGUUCACUCCGAUCGAACUGCGGCACCACAGCCCCGGCGCAGAGGAUGAAGCUCUGAAAAAUACACCACACUCACCCAUCCUGGGCACAGCACCCUCAUCAUUGCCUUAUGAGGCUCUCUUUGACCUGGCACUGCCCCGUGCUGCUUCCCUGUUCAUGAGCCACAGGAGCUCCGAGGCGCUGGAGAGAGCGGCGAUGCAAGGCGUGGUGGGAGUGAUGGAUGAAGGUCAUGGAGUAACGUCAGCAUCUCCUCUAGAGGUGCUUGAUCGCUUGGUGCAGCAAGGCAAUGAUGCUCAUGACAGGGUUCUGAAGAGGUUGCCUCUGCCAAGCAAGUCAGCUGACUGGACUCACUUUGGAGGCUCUGCACCACUGGAUGAACUACAAACGCUACGCAGUCAGCUGCUGUUGUUGCAUAACCAGCUUCUGUAUGAACGCUAUAAGCGUGAGCAGCACGCUGUGCGAAACCGCCGCCUGUUGCGCAGAAUCAUCAACGCCACCGCACUGGAGGAACAGAAUAACGCAAUGAAGGACCAGCUGAACCUGCAGUGUGUGGAUAUCACGUCUCUGCGCGAGAGCCUGCACAUGGAACAGCAGCGCUACAGGCAGCUCUGGGAUGAACGGGAGACUGUGGUCACGUGCCUACACAGCCAGAUCCGCCAACUUCAGCAUGAUCGGGAUGACUACUACACCAAAUACCAGGAGUUGCAGAGUAAGAUGCAGGAGUGCCAGAAGAGGAUGGGGGAGAUGGAGGCUGAGCUCCAGAAGGCGAAUAACAAGGUCUGCCAUACAGGGCAUCAGCUGAAUCAGCUCACCACCAAGUUGUCCUCGAGCGAGAGCACACAGCAGCAGUUGAGCUUCAUGAGCAGGCAGUUGCUCCUGUUGGGGGAAGCCCAUAAACUGUGUGUGCAAGAGCUUCAACAAGCAGGUCCGGACCUCAGCAAGGAGGUGCAGAUGGUUCAGGUGUCCUUGAUGAAGGAGGUGGAGCGGCUGAAGCAGAACCUGCUGCUCCAGGGUCAGAAGCUGGAUGCGGCUCAGCAGAGAGUGGCUGAACUGGAGACUCAGCUGUCCAAGAAGGAGCACCUCAUCGCAGAGCAGAAGAAAUUCCUGGAGGAUGUCAAGGGACAGGCUAAGGAGGAGCUAAAGGCUUCUGAAAGUAGGUACCAGGCGCAGAGGCGUGUGACUCAGGCCCUGCAGAUGGAGCUGUUGCAACUCUACAGCAGGCUGGAGAUGGAGGCUCCGGCUGCCGCUGCUGCAGCUUCAUCAGCAGGAGAUGCUACAGAGCGUUGCUGUCCCACCCAGACCAGUGUGGCGGCAUCAGAUGGACCAAUGAAAACGGCCUCCAAAGAGUGCGGCAAGUCGUCACCACACCGGAACGGCUUCUCAUCAGGUCAAGCCAAAGUCGGCUCCCCCGACCCCAAGUCCUUAAACGGCAGCCGAGCCACGCCCCUACCCAUGCUGGUGGAACCACCCCCUGCUUGCCCUGCAGUACCCUCUUCCACCCCCUCCCUCACCGUCGGCUCCUACCCCAGUGCCAAGAGCUUCCUGGGCAUGCGGGCACGGGAACUCUUCCGCAACAAGAGCGAGAGUCAGUGUGACGAGGAUUACGUUCCCCACCCACAGCUCACCAGCCUAUCGCAGGGCUUGAAGACUGAGCUCUGUGUGGAGCCUUCAGUAAAGACUGCAGUAAAGACAGGUCCCGCCUCCUCCACACACGGCCACGCCUCAAGCAUGGCUGCUAAAGAGCCUGACGCCUUACAGCGAGCAUCAAAACGGGAAGCAGAAUGGCCGAGACAGCAGCAGCUACAUAUCAUGGACUAUAAUGAAAGUCAUCAGGAGCACAGCUAGAGAGAGAGAGAGAGAGAGAGAAACAAGUUAUUAGUAGAUGAAGGAAGCUGCAAGCUGAUAUCAGGACUUUUUUUUUUUUAAUUUCAGUAUUCAUCCCGUUUCUUCAAGUGGACAACAGGAUUUGGAAUUUUGUCUCCAAACUUGAGUGUCUUCCUUUAGAGAUAAAACAUGUCCCUCACUUUCAUUCUUAAAAACAAACCUUGCAUCAAAUUGGCAGUAUCACCAACAAGUGCCAGUCUAGAGUAGAGUGGGGUGUGGGUUUAUUUUAUUUUAUUUUUUUUAGAGGUUACGAGUGCCUCCACAGUGGGACGGUGUGAUGAUAGAAUGAUUGUUGCUCCUCCUUGAUACAAGGUGGCCAGUGUGCGACUUUAACCCCCUGGAAGAACUUGCCCUCAAACCAGAUUUUUUUUUUCUUUAGAUGCCGAAAUCCUGCAUAUCGCAUGUGCAAAAGAAGUCGAACUACAGUUUUAUUGCAAGUUUUAAAAAUAUUUAUUUUCCUUUCCUUUUUUUUCCCUCCAUGACGCGUCUCAACUUUUUUUUGUGAAUCGUUCUUGCUAACUGAGACGUAUUAACCUAUAUGAAAAGCAAGAAACAAAGCCUAAACCGUAACAAGUUAAAAGCAAUGCAAGUUCAGUAGUUCAGACGGUAUCUGUCGUAGCGUCUUAAAGACUUUUCACAAGCACAGCAAGGUAAAUUAACCAAGAGUCAACUUUUAGUACCCAUGCUGAAUACCCUUCUUGCCCGGAUACCAUUAGUUUGGAUCCAGGGGCCCUCUGAGACCUCUAAUCAAAUAGAACCAGUCACAGAAUUGGCCUGAUGUCUCUGAUCGCUAAAUUCUUUCUUACUUUUUUUUUUUAAAAACAUUUUAAAUCCAUUUUCAAGGUUUUGUUCAUUUUUUUUUCUUUUUUUAUCAGACAUCUAAUUUUUUAGGUUUGUUUACCUGACAUGUUUCGAUGUACGACUGUCGUCUUCCUCAGAGUGUCACCGGAUGUUAUUGGUGACGCAUCUUUUAUCAGCUGAUGUUUCCGAAGGCGUGGCCUUCCUGUCUGGAUUGACAGGUCGGUCACGCCUUCUACUGUCAGUUCGUCCCCUGCAAGAUGGCACUCCAGGUAUGGGAGAGCAUGUAUGCUCCCUCAUCUCGGUUGAUGGUCCUCGGGCUUCGCUUACAGAUCUCUAUGGCCUCCCUGAUCCAGCGCUGAUGUUUAUUAUCUUCAUCAGCUGAUAAAAGAUGCG